AUGGUCCCUCCUCGCUCUGGAUCUGCUAUGGGCAUGCGCAGCCGCGGCCCCGUUGAGUUGAACGUCAACCUCGCCAAAUCUUACGAGAUCCGUGGCCCCAAGUCACCCAUGCCCAGAUCUCCCCUCAGGGACACCACCGUCGAAGAUCGCACUAGCCGCUCUUCGUACGAAGAUCGCCUCGAAGGUGCCAUCCACGUUCUCCGCACUGAAGCCAACGCACUUCAGGCCCUGACGCAGCUCUACUCGUCCGAGCGCGUCUGCCGUGAUGGCUUCUUCCGCUCCAUCGAGGUCCUCACCCGCCACCGCGAUCACCGUGGCAAGGUCGUCUUCAUCGGUGUUGGCAAGUCUGGCUGGAUUGCCAAGAAGCUUACCGCCACCUUCAGCAGCUUGGGCAUUCCAGCUGUCUUCCUCCACCCUACCGAGGCCCUUCACGGCGACCUUGGCAUCAUCGGCGACUAUGACACCCUCAUCAUGAUCACCUUCUCCGGCAAGACCCCCGAGCUCAUGCUCCUCCUCCCGCAUCUCAACAAGAACUGCCCUCUCAUCCUCCUCACCUCGCCUACUCGCAUGGAGACCUGCGAGAUCGCCAAGGCACGACCAGAUCUCAUUCUCCUCCCCGCUCCCAUUCCGGAGUCUGAGAAGGAGACCUUUGGCGUCUCUGCUCCCACCACCUCCACUACCAUGGCUAUCGCCGUCGGUGAUGCUCUCGCAUAUGUCGCCUCCAAGGAGAUGUACUCCUCGGUGUCAAAUGUGUUCGCGAAGAACCACCCCGGCGGCGCUAUUGGCCAGGCCUUCAAGACAAAAUAA